AUGUCUGACCCGACCGACCUUACGCCUAGGGAGAUGGAAGUGCUGGCCCUUGCGUGGCAAUGCAUGGACAGUGACCCUAAGGUCGACUAUAUCAAGCUCGCCGAGCUCACCGGUUACACAACCGCUUCCGCUGGCGUUACCUUUGGAAAGAUCAAGCGCAAGCUCAAGGCCAAAGCCACUGGCUCUUCCAAAGUCCCUGCCACACCAAAGAAGUCUGGCAACGCUGUAGGCAGGCCCAAGACCCCCAAGUCUGGCAAGCGCAGCGCUACCGAGGAUGCUGCUGCCGGCACUCCCAGCAAGAAGGGCAAGAAGGUUAGCAACCCAGCAAACAACGACGAAGACGACGAAGAGUUUGGCAACUUCAACAUCAAGAAGGAGGAGGUCGUGGACAUCAGCAACGGCACGGACGCGUUCUUCCAGGAGGCUAAUGCUUACGCUCCGACCGAUAACGACCAGGUUUAG